UAUUUAUUAACUUGAACUACUGUCAGUACAGUAGUGUCAGGUGUCAGUGUCAGUUCAGUCUCAGUCAGUGUCAAUAUCAACACGUAUUGGUUAUGUAGUGUACUUACUUCCAUUAGGAAAUAAAUAUAAAUCAGGGUCAUGCUUUGUCUGAUAAUAAAUACAUUCUCUAAUUCCCCAAAUUAGAAAUCCAAUAUUAUACAGGGGACCCUUAUCAUAGAGUGACAAAUAAAGUUUCAGUGAUCAUUUUCAAAAUGAUUUUAUUAUAGUGUAGUCUAGGAAACUAAAAUAAUAUGGCUUACUCAGUAAACACAACACCUUUAUUACAAGAACAGUAUGAUUCAGACGGUGAAGACGAUGGCAAUGAUAUUCUUGUGCCCCAAGACAGACCCUUAUUUAAGGCAGAACCCAUAGAUAAAUUCUAUGCCACCUAUAUCAUAUUUUACAUACUGGGUAUAAUCAGUUUGCUGCCUUGGAAUUUUUUUAUAACAGCUGAUGAUUAUUGGAUGUACAAAUUUAGAAAUGUAACCAACAUUACUAACAUAAGAGACGCUCCUCCUAAAAGGUCGCCUCUUCAAGCAGAAUUCACUUCGUACCUUACAUUAACAUCAUGUUACCCAAAUUUGGUGUUUCUUAUCCUCAAUACAGCUAUUAGUCAAAGAGUAUCACUAAAUAAAAGAGUGUUGGGAUCCCUUUCUUGUAUGUUGGCUUUAAUGUUAUUAACGCUGGUAUUCGUGAACAUCAAUACUGAUAGUUGGCAACAAUGGUUUUUUGUAAUAACACUGAUGACAAGUUUUUUGCUGAACGUCUUCAGUCCUAUCUUUUGUGGAAGUCUAAUAGGCGUAGUGGGGAAAUUCUCGCCCAUAUACAUAACAGCCGUGGUCGGAGGUCAAGCCUUGGGUGGCGUCUUCGCAGCCGUAACUCAAAUAGCUUCAUUGGCCAUCGGAGCCUCAUCCUCGCAUACUGCCUUAGUUUAUUUCGUCAUAGGAAAUAUCACCAUAGCUUUAGGUAUAGUUCUGUACAUAGUUCUAUCUAGAUCUGUAUUUUUUACGUACCACACAUCUGACCAGUCUGUGAUAAUUAACGAGUUCCAAAGGGAAUCGAUACAAGAAGUUAUAUCGUACAAGGAGAUUUUAAGGAAAACUUGGGGCUACUGUUUUUGCGCUUUCUUCGUCUACGUCGUCACGAUCGCUGCUUAUCCAGCAGUUACUGUUCUUGUGGAGUCUGAAGGGAAAGGACACGGAAACAGGUGGAAUGAUGUUUAUUUUGUACCGACGAUAGCGUACUUAUUGUUUAGUAUCGGCGACUAUUCUGGAAGAAUUGUUGCAGGUAGAUUACUUAAGCCUAGAAACAUUACUGUGAUUAUAAUUUUAACGAUCUCGAGGAUUAUCUUUAUUCCAUUGAUUUUAUUAUGCAACGCCCAACCUCGCCAUAUUUUGGCAGUUGUGUUUAAUAAGGACUACCAAUAUAUACUGAUUUUGUUCAUAUUCGCAUUUACCAAUGGAUUCAUGACAAAUAUUAUACAAAUUUUAAUUCCCAAGAUUGUAGAUCAACACGAAAAAGAGAUAGCUUCGUCUAUAGUUAUCGUUUUUAUAGGUAUAGGAGCAGCUAUAGGAUCAACGAUUAGUAUAUUUUUAAUUAGAUUAAUAUAAAUAUAAUAAAUUUUUAAUUUUAUGUUGCUAUUCACUGUCGAUAUGUAUCAGGGAACAAACAAAUAGAUAUUAUAUAUACUGUUAUUUUCUA